AUGCCCAGCAGCUUGAGCGCCGACGGCGGGAGCGAGCACUUGCUCGACCCCGACAACGCGCUGCCAUGCACGCCCGGCGGCUCCAACGCCAGCGAACUGUUCGACGACCUUUGGCCAGCCGACCUGGCCCCGCUCGACGACAACCCAGCCGCACGGCGUCUUGCAGAUCUCGUACUCGGCAACCUCAAACCGCUAGUGGCGGGGCAGGACGCCGCCGCCGGCGACGGCGACGGCGCUGCGAGGGUGCGGCUGGUGCGGAGCCUGGGCUUGCACCCCAGGAUGUCCAGCCCCGAGCCCGCGCCGGCCACCAGCAGCGGCGCUCGCCCCGAGCACACGUCGCCGUCCUGCGUGCAGGGGGUGCGCCUCGACCUGACCGCUCUAGGGCUGCGCCAACUGCCCGGGCUGGCUGAUGCCAGCCAGCUGAUGCGCCUGGAGCUGCCAACUCGCGGCGAACAGCUUGGCUGGUUCGAUUACCUGAGCAGGCCCGGCAGCGCAGCGGCCUGCGGCCUUGGGCAGCUCGGGCCCGGCGCGGCGCUCCUGGCCCCGCUCAUGCGCGGCCGCGGUGGGGACGAGCGAGGCGUGUUUUGCCGCAGGCCUGGGGCCGGGCACGAGAAUGUGUCAGAGGUGGCCGCCACGGUUUUCGCGCCUAGCAUGGCCCAACCCACCAUGGCGCUGCGCACAGUAGAGACAGAGGCGCAAGCCCUGGAACUGCUGGCGCUGCCGCCGCCCACAAAGCGCGUGACGGUAUCGUCGCUCGCGCCCGGGGGCAGGGCGCCUGGGGCGGACAUCGAGUCUGGGCCCGACGGUGACUUUCAGGCGGUGGUGCUGGCCGCGGGGUCCCUGGUGCCAUCCGCAGAUGACGAGGAGGGCAAAGCGCGGCGGCGGAAGCGGCGACGCUGGCAGCAGCAGCAUGUGCCAGCCGCGCAGGAGGACGCGACGCGCCGCGCGGUGCUGCUGCAGCUCGCAUUCCUUUCUAUGCACUGCCUUGUGGCCAUGGCGGCAUUCUGCUGGGAGCCGUCCACGCGCAAUCUCGAGCAGCCGUUGGUGGCGGAGGCGGCGGUGCGCGAGCCCGAGCCCGAGCCAGAGUGGCUGGCCUCCGCGUGGGUCCUGGCGCUCGGGGGCGGCGCUGUCAGGGUGCCCAUGCCCGCGGCAGUGGGGCAGGCCCUCCUUGAGCUGAUCGACCGCAACAGCUCCGCCAACACGGAUCUGAGGGCCGCCCUGGCGUCGGCCUCGUCGCGCAGCCGCGAGGGGCAGCAGGGCUGA